AUGCCAAGAAUGGUCAAGCUCCAGCGCAAGAAGGACUCGUACGGCGAUAUUGACCCGAACACGAUCCAUAUGGAUCGCUCAUACCCCGCGUACCCCAUGUCGCCUCCCGGCUUCCGAGCCAUUGCUAGCCGAUCUUCUGGCUCCGACAUUGCCCAUGCCGUCUGCACGUUCCCAUUGAGCGGGCAAUAUGGGCCUGGCUCACGGAUUCUAUACUACGCUCUCAUCUUGGUGUGCAUCUUCGCACAGAAGUCUGAAUGGCUCAGGAGUGCGUCGGUCGCCGCCGCGCUGCUCCUUCCCGCGAUCGCGAGCUUUCACGCCAUUGUCCUAGCCGCCUUUUCACAUAGAGGUUUUGUGGACCUUGAUGCGUUUGGUGCAUUGCAAUUUAUCGCCUUGGGGGUGCUUGUUGCGCCCACGUCGUUCAUCCUCGUACCCAGCAGAGGAAUGACACCCGGCGCGGCAAUACUGGUCAGUCUAGCAUGCUGCAUACCGACGUUCAUCUCCUUGGCCACCAUGUGGAACAAGAUCUUGUCCGAAAACGCCGUACUCUUAGGCAUCCGCAAAGCGCCGGAACCGACGCCAAACCCGCUUGUGAGAGGGCAACAGAGAACGGAGCAGAGGAUAUCGGGCUACCUGCGGUUCGGCCUCGAGCUUAUGGAACGUGCAGUCUUCGCCGUUUUCUUCAUCAUCAUCGUCAUCUUGGGAGAGCUCAACUUCUGGUCACCUCAAAUGCGCAGCGGCGUCGAGCCGAUGGCGGCAGUGGGGCAAUGGAGUCCAAUAGUCGGGGCUGUUUUGACAGCACUUGGUUCCGCCUGUACUGAGCUUCUUGGCAAACAGCCCGUGCCGCCGCCAUUAGAAAUGGGCCAACCCAUACCCGCCAUCGUCGUCCAAAACUCGGACGGGAUUCCUCACAACUUGAGCAGCCAGAGCCUGUCUGCCAGUGGCCGCGACCCCGGUGGGCGUCGCCGCCUCGCUGGGCAUAUCAAGCGCCUCGCGAUAUGGUUCGGCACGCCCACCGAGCGCCACUACGGUGAGGAUGGCUUUGGUGACCUCGAGUCGCGGCGGUAUCCCCUCGUCCCUGGUGAAGAGCUGAGAAACCCAAAUUUGGGGGCUCAGAGAGAGUGGUACGAGCGCCGUGCUUCCAGCUCCAGGUCGUCCAUUCAGAACGCUGACCGACAUGGGGGGCAUCCCAUGUCGCACGCGACCACCGUCCAAGGAGAGGCAUCGAGUGAUACCCUUGGGACGCGGUCGCAGCACGCUUCCUCCGCGCACCUUGGGCCUCCUAUGCCAUUGACUGCACGCACGAGGUCGACCACAACAGAGCCUUACGAAUCCAAGAUUUCAACAUUCAUGACUGGACUACGACAACGCGGCGGUAGCAAAAUAGACACAAUUCCGGAGUGA